AUGCUCAUCUCAUCUAUGCUGGCGACUGCGACGGCGAGCUUGUUGUUCGCCGUCAAUACUGUUUCGGGGAGUGCGUUGCCUGCUGCAAUCAAGCCCAGCAUCUGCAGAAAACCAUUCUGUACAUCUUUUUGCCCUGAUGGAACCCCAUUCAAUUGCUGUGUAGUCUACGUCCGCGAUCCCUGCGCCGACCAUCAGGUCCCAAAGUACCCACCGCUGGAGAAAUGUAAGGGUCCGGAUGAUUUUGAAUGUAAAUGUCGGUGUGAGAAGUGUCCUGAGAUCACAUAUCUCUGCAAUGCACAGUAUUUUAGAGAUCCUUGCUCACAAUUGCCGAAUGAGGAAAUUACCGCUGAGGGUGGUGAGACUUCGAAGUAG